AUGGCUACCGAAGAUGUAGAUCUGACCUCUAUAUCCUUUAGGGAUUUAAAAGCAAAAUUCGCGGCACUUGCCUCAGAAUUUACAAGUGGGCAAGAGAGGGAGGCUCAGUUGGGUGAAGCGCACGAUAGGUUGAAAGAUGAGGCUGAAAACCUCCAAGCAGAACUUACAAGUGGGAAAGAAAGAGAGGCCCAGUUGGGUAAGGCGCACGAUAGUUUGAAAGAUGAGGCUAAAACCCUCCACGCACGGGUCAAAGAACUCGAGGCAAGCGCUACUGGCAGUGCGACUGCAUCCACUGCCAAGGAUCGUGUGGUAUAUGUUGCGCAUAAUAAGAAAAUCGAGAAGCUCAGGGGAAGUCCUAAACCUGGGUCUAGGGACCCUGAAAUUGACGAAUGGAUCGGUGAUGUCACAGGAGUGAUCAAGGGGCGUAAACUGGAUAAUAGUGAGGCGGUACAGUUUAUCAAAGAUCACCUAGGAGGUGAUGCCCGGAUGGAAAUUGUGAGCCGAAACACAGGAUCAAUCAAAACACCAGAGGACAUUUUCAAAAUUCUUCGGGAGGUUUUUGAAUUCGGGGAGACGCUUCCACAGUUGCGGAGAAAGUUCUACUCCAAGACCCAAAAGGAGGGGGAAUCCAUUCUGCAAUUUUCACACAUCUUGAGUAGGCUCCAUAGGAGGAUGGAACAAAUGGAUCCUAAGCUGGAAAAGGAGCGGGACGACGCCAUGAAGUCACAGCUAGUGGAUGGUGUGCGAGAUCCAGAGCUGCAGAAGGAGGCCCUUCGGUGGACACGAGAGCAAAAAGGCACUUUCUUCGAGCUGAGAGAAUGGGCAAACCAGUGGACUCGUCAGGGCCAAGGGCAGGAGGCAGUUGCUAAGAAAAAUAGGGUAAGUACAAAAACUUCUACCUCUAUUGAAUCUAUGCAAAGUGGGGAUAGUGAACCCCUGCUAGAAGCCAUCAACUUAAUUAAGAAACAAAGUGACCUGUUGCAGGCACAGUUGAAAACCCAACAAGAAGUAACUCAGGCCCUAAAGGAGUUAAAGGCGGCUCCCACACCACAAGCAGUCCGCCAAGAUAACAACAACAAGGCAUGUUAA